AUGGCUGAUGAACAACAGGUUUUCUCCUGUUCCAUCUGUUCAGGUCUCCUGAAGGAUCCAGUGACUAUUCGCUGUGGACACAACUACUGUAUGAGCUGUAUUAAAGGUUUCUGGUAUAAGAAGAAAGUCUACAGCUGCCCUCAGUGCAGGAAGCGCUUUGAACUAAGGCCUGUUCUGGUAAAAAUCACCUUGUUAGCAGAGUUGGUGGGGGAGCUGAAGAAGACAGGACUCCAAGCUGCUCCAGCUGAUCUCUGCUCUGCUGGAGCUGAAGAUGUGUCCUGUGAUGUCUGCUCUGACAGGAAACUGAAAGCUGUCAAGUCCUGUCUCAACUGUUUGGUCUCUUAUUGUGAAAAUCACCUCAAACCUCACUACAGCGUUGAUCAGUUCAAGAAACACCAGCUGGUGGAGACAUCCAAGAAGCUCCAGGAGAACAUCUGCCCUCGUCAUGAUGAGGUYAUGAAGAUCUUCUGUCGUACUGAUCGGCAGUGUAUCUGUUAUCUCUGCUUAAUGGAUGAACAUGAAGGACAUGAAAVAGUCUCAGCUGCAGCAGGAAGAGUUGAGAAGCAGAAGGAGCUGGAGGCCAGUGGACAACAAAUCCAGCAGAGAAUCCUGGAGCGACAGAAAGAUGUGAAGCUGCUCCAACAGGAGGUGGAGGUCAUCAAUGUCUCUGCUGAUAAAACUGUGGAGGACAGUGAGGAGAUCUUCACUCAGCUGAUCCGUCUCAUCCAGAAAAGAAGCUCUGAUGUGAAGCAGCAGAUCAGAUCCCAGCAGGAAAUUGAAGCGAGUCGAGUCAAAGAGCUUCAGGAGAAGCUGGAGCAGGAGCUGACUGAGCUGAAGAGGAAAGACGACCAGCUGGAGCAGUUCUCACACACAGAGGAUCACAAGCAGUUUCUCCACAACUACCCCUCAGUGUCAGCACUCAGUGAGUCUCCACACUCAUCCAGCAUCAAGACUCAUCCUCUCACGUACUUUGAGGAUGUGACAGCAGCUGUGGAGGAGCUCAGAGACAAACUACAGGACGUCCUGAGGGACAGCUGGACAAACAUCUCACUGAGAGUCUCUCAAGUCCACGUUCUGCUGUCACAACCAGAACCAGAACCAAAGAGCAGAGAUGGAUUCUUAAAAUAUUCACAAGAAAUCCCUCUGGAUCCAAACACAGCUCACAGACGCCUGCUAUUAUCUGAUGGAAACAGAAAAGCUACAUUUAUAGAACAACAGCAGUCUUAUCCUGAUCAUCCAGACAGAUUCACUGAUCAUCUUCAGGUUCUGAGCAGAGAGAGUCUGAGCGGAUGUUGUUACUGGGAGGUGGAGCGGAGCGGGGGAGGAGUUGGUGUAGCAGUUUCAUACAAUAAUAUCAGCAGAGCAGAAUUUAGACUUGAAUCUUUCUUUGGAUGCAACAACAAAUCCUGGUAGUGAGAAUGUAACUCA